AUGUCCGCUCCCGAGAACCCGACGAAGCAGAACGGCGGUGCUCCCGCUAAGCGUCACGAGGAGUACCAGUACCUUGACCUCGUCCGCGAGAUCCUCGAGACAGGCGAGCACCGACCGGACAGAACCGGCACCGGCACAUACUCCAUCUUCGCCCCGACGCCUCUCAAGUUCUCCCUCAACAAGGACGGCGAGCCUCUCCUACCCCUCCUCACCACAAAACGCGUCUUCCUCCGCGCCGUCAUCGCCGAGCUCCUCUGGUUCGUCGAGGGCAACACAUCCUCUCUGGCUCUCAGCGAGGCCGGCGUCAAGAUCUGGGACGGUAACGGCUCGCGCGAGUUCCUCGACAGCGUCGGCCUCUCCCACCGCGAGGUCGGCGACCUCGGCCCCGUCUACGGCUUCCAAUGGCGGCACUUCGGCGCCGAGUACGUCGACUCCAAGACGGACUACACCGGCCAGGGCGUCGACCAACUCGCCGAGGUCAUCCACAAGCUCAAGACGAACCCCUACGACCGCCGCAUCCUGCUGAGCGCAUGGAACCCUGCCGACCUGAAGAAGAUGGCCCUCCCGCCGUGCCACAUGUUCGCGCAGUUCUACGUCUCGUACCCGCGGUCGAAGAACUCGACCGGGAACGAGGAGAAGCCCAAGGGGCACCUGCACUGCCAGCUGUACCAGCGCUCCUGCGACAUGGGUCUCGGCGUGCCGUUCAACAUUGCGAGCUACGCUUUGCUGACGCACAUGAUCGCGCGCGCCUGCGACCUGGUUCCCGGAAGCCUGACGCACGUCAUGGGCGACGCGCACGUUUACGCGGACCACGUGGACGCGCUCAAGGUACAGCUGGAGCGCGAGCCGAGACAUUUCCCCAUGUUGGAGAUGAAGGACAGGGAGGCCGGGUGCAGCAUUGACGGGUGGAAGGUGGAGGACUUUGUGGUCAAGGGCUACGACCCGCAUAAGACGAUUGCCAUGAAGAUGUCUGUGUGA